AUUUUGUAGGAUUAGGAGGGAUAGCACGCUUUGUCAUCAUCCGUGCAUAUCGAAAAUCCUGCUGCGUCAGCCGCGCGCUCAACUUCAACAUCUUGAUUUCUACUUCGGUGAUGUUCCACAGUCAUCGAGAUGGUAUUAAUACGAUUUAUUAGUCUGUUGUGUAAUUUACACGGACUCGUAUCUCUGAAAUCACUAACACAUUCACACGGAUUGCGGAUCGAAGUCAGAGUCUGCUUCCACAAUCGUAGACCCGGGAAAGUUACUUUCAAGAUGUCCCAGCGUGGGGUAAAGAUCAUUCAAUCUCUCCAACUUAAUCAAUCCUGGUCCAUAAGUAAAGAAGCUUCAUGCCUGUGUGGACAUGUCGAACGGGAUCCAGACGUUGGCAGUGCAGAAAGCCAUCGAUGCGCACGGCGCUAGGUACCAACUGCGACUCAUGAAAAUGCUUCCCCUAGGCCACAUGUAAUAUACAUUUGAUUCGCCCAGUUCGUGACUAAUGAUACACCCAUCCCUGCCUGCACCAAAGACAGUCAAUUGAAAAUCCCGGCAGAGUGAUCCCACGCACCUUCCAUUGACCGCAGAUUGUGCAUCCACCACUCUCCAUUGCGAUCUGGAUUUUCGACAUGGGAAUGAUGACCUCCGGGGUCAUGAAUCAUCUAAAUCCACCGUCUCGCCCUCGCCCUCACCACUCCUCAGCCCCAACAGGUCGAAGCCCUCAUAGACCGGGGUAGCAUGCCUCUUUGAGCUCCGUCCAAAGGUCGCAAACGACGGAAGCUGCAUGGCAGGUGAAGGCUCCAGCUGGACGGUGCGUGGCGGACCAGACCGAGGGUAGGAGGUAUUGCCGCCUGCCGAUGACGCGCGGGUAUGCGUUACGCUGUUCCUCGCGAGAGGACGGAGAGCGGAAUCGAGCGAGAAACGAACGUCGUUGAGCUCAUGUCCUUCGUCGUGAUCCGAAUAACUGGAAUUACUUGUCCUCGUGCUAUCGUACGAGAGCCGAGCUAUGAUGGUGUCCCUUGCUGCUAGUAUCGAGCUGAAGGAGGGGGAUGUGGACACUGCCGGGGCUGCGCCCGGUGUCGUCGCAUACCGAGCAUGGUGGGAGUGGACAGGCCUUGAUCGUGGGGUCGGAGAUGAGGGGGGAUCGCUGCGUUGCGAGGGAGGAAAGAAGGAUAGCUGCGAGGCGGGUAUUCGUCGGAUCGUGGAAGGCGGACUGGACGCCGGUGAUGACACGUUGUCGUCACGAGGAAGCAGCUCCUUGGGUCGAGAUGUCUUGUCUAUGGGUAUAUAGAGGACCUUGCGCAGGUGGAUGCUAUCGGAGGUCCAUAGUUGGUUCGCGCGUCGCAGUUCCGCCAAGUUGAUGCCAUACUUGAGUGCCACUCCAGCCAAGGAGUCCUUCGAAGUCACCU